GGUGCACUGGCUGGGUCUGUGCGGCGAUUGAUGUGGAAGGAACCGGGAGUGAUUUGAAAGGGACCCGCGCGGCCGCUCCGGCGACGCUCGCGCACGGCCGGCGGUAACGGCCGGCGCUCGAGCCGGGCCACAGGGCGCGGGAAGGCGGCGGCGCGGUACCCGGCGCUCCCCAUUCACACCGCCGAACAAAACGCACACCUCUCCCCGCCCCCGGGGGUUCCUCUUGUGGAGAGAGGGCAGGGCUUUCGCAGUUGUUUCCUCAACUUCCACCCAUCGAGUUCGCAGUGAGAAUUCGCUGGGGGAUGGUGCGGGAAACAGAUGAAGGAAGGCAAGAACAUUGAUCUUGAGACGAGCAGAAAGCAAGUGACGUAUACAAAGGCAAAGUACACAUGGAUUUAGUUAAUCCUUCUCGAAGCAUUGAGCAGAAGUCCAGGAAAUUCCUGAAGAGUUUGACUCGCAAAGAACCUUCUGAAUUGCUGUUGGUGAUUGGAACUGGAGUGAGUGCUGCUGUUGCUCCACAUAUACCUGCACUUUGUUCAUGGCGAAGCUGUAUUGAAGCAGUAAUUAAUGCAGCUGAGGAUCUGGAAGUGCUCCAUCCAUAUGAUAUUGUGGAGUUCCGUCACAAAGUAAUGGAAGAUCGGGACCUACUUGUGCUUGCCCAUGAUUUAAUACGGAAAAUGUCACCAAGAACUGGAGAUACAAAGCCAAAUUUCUUCCAAGAUUGUUUGAUGGAGGUGUUUGAUAACCUUCACUGUCAAAUUCAAAAUCCCAUGCUCUUGGAUUCUAUUCUCCAACUUAUGGAUCGGGGAACGAUGGUUCUCACCACAAACUAUGAUAACCUGCUUGAGAUUUUUGGUCAACAGCAAGGCAAACCAAUGGAAUCUGUAGAUCUUAAGUGCAAAGAAAAGGUAGUUCAAUGGGCAAGAGGUCUACAAAAAUACAGUGUUCUUCAUAUACAUGGACUUUUUACAGAUCCCUGUGGUCUGGUGUUAGACCCAUCAGGAUAUAAGGAUGUAAUGCAUGAUCAAGACUUAAUGGAAGAAUUUCAAGAACUGUAUCGUACCAAGUCCUUUGUAUUUUUGGGCUGUGGAGAAACUCUGCGGGAUCAGAUCUUCCAAGCAUUGUUUCUGUAUUCUGUCCAGGACAAAGUAGAUUUGGAACACUUCAUGCUGGUUCGAAAGGAUAGCCAUGAUCAUUUCUUUAAAUUGCAAGCAGAGAUGCUGUUGCAUGGCAUUAAAAUAGUGUCUUAUGGUGACCGAUUUGAAUAUAUGCCUCAGUAUUUUCGUGAUUUGGUUGCACAGAUAUGCAGGCACAGAAGCCCAGAUAGUUCUUCUGCGGAUAGUACAAAUCUAUCGCUAGGAACAUCAUGUUCAGACUGUGCAAAGCGGAAGCAAGAAGAAAACGGUGAUAUAACUCAAAAAAGGAUCAGGAAAGGAAACGCAAAACAGCUUGUGGGUUUCAUCCAUUGAGACCAAGAACCACAAAGGAAUCAAUGUUAAAAUGGGAUACAGAUUUUGGAGGAUCAUAAAUUGCUAUAAAGCACCUUCACCGAAGUGCCAAAUCCUAUUCCAUGAUGUUGUAUGCAUCAAAAAGUGUCCGGAAACCUUUAUUCGGAUCAGCAUAAGUUGACUGGUAACAUUUUCUGUAGAAUGAGAACAGUACUUUGUAACUGUUGAGCAGUUGUUACAAUCAUUAAAUAUAAAUCACUGGACCUUUUGCCUUUGUGAACUUAACUAUUUAUUGUGAUGCCUCGGGGUAUGAAGUCUGGAUAUUGUAAUUAUCUUACCACAUGGAAAACAUCUGGUUAUUGGAUAUGUUUGUUUUGAUUUUUGUUUUUAUUAAAUUGAAGAUGUAUGAACAUUGUAUGCUUUGUCUUUGAAAUAUCAUCUGUUUAAUGUGACCUCAACUAAUCGGAAAAAAAUCAGAAUUUUGAUACUGGGUCUGCGGUUACAAACAAGAUGAAAGAUGGCUUGCCCAAUUUGGAUUGUGAAUCUCUCAUUGCUAAAUAGAAAUGGAUAUAGUGAAGAAAUUUAAAAUCUUGUCCCGUCCUGCUUGUAAAUGGGAAACUUAUAACAUGGGCAGUGGCUUUAUAGAUUGUGCAUAAUAAUACUGAAAAAUACCAGAUCUUUAGUAUGGUCUUGCUUAUUCUUUGAAUAUUAUAUAUUCAUUAAAUGCAAAUAAGUGACUAUUAAAUGUGUUUUAAUGAGGGUGGGAGAUGGCAGGUGGAAAUCACUAGAUACGGCCUGCCUUCAUGGUUAGGCCUUAAACUGAAGGUUUGCAUCUGUAGCAUUGGCCUUGUAUUACUUCCCUUAAGCUAGGAAACAAAUAAAGACUUGCAUUUAUAAAAAGCAUUUCACAACUUCAGAACAUCCCUGAGUGUUUUACAAAUAACCACUUUUGAAGCACAAUCAUUGUAAUGUAGCAAUGGCCUUGUUAAAUUAUAUAAGACUCUGUAUUUAAUCUAAACCUUAAAACUAUUCAGAGGUUGAAGAUGCAAGUGGUUAGAUUUAGAAUAAUAAGUUUUAAAGCAUAAUACUCAUGUUUCUUUCAAAUAAUAGGAAUGCAGUUUUUGUGGCCUGAUAAUUCAUAAAGGUACAUUUCUUAUUUCUCAUCUUGGUAAGAUAUUUACAAUUUCCAAAUCGAAAGUGCGUUUGAAUUGAUUAGUUGUAUGUAAGAAACAAAAUGUUUUAACAAGUAUUAACAAAAUUGGACUCAAAAUGACAUGAAUGGACUUAGAAUGUAUGCAGAGAGAAAUAAGGGAUUACUUUGCAAGGAUGUACCAUUUUCAUACCUCAGAACAGCUGUUGUAAUGUUCUUUACAGUUAAGAAAUGUGCAGAAAGAAGUAUAAAGUGCUAAUGUUGGAUGUGAAUUGCCUUUCAACAAGGAGAAUAUCCCCAUUUUAUCAGUGUCGAUGUAAUAUCAUAGAACUUGCUGUUUACUUGGCCUUUUUGCUCAAAUUGGUAGAUGCAGCUUUGCUUCAGAGAGCAAUAUAAUGUUGACUGAAGUAUUGAUCACGAAAAUAAUUAUGUAGAAUCAAGGCAGGAGUCUUUGUUGUGCCGUGGAUUGCUUGUAUAUGAAUCUUUGAAUGCAACUCUGCCUCCUGAAUGAACCAACUGGGUUUUUUUUUUACUUUGGUGUCAGAAUUAGCAUAAAAAUUUACAUUGACUUGGUCUUCUUAAACAAAAACACUGUAAAACCAACACUGAAAAAUGCAGCUAAUGUGGCAGUUGGAGCGUGAAUAACAUUGACUUGGAAACCAUAACAAAUCUGAAACCAGACAUUAAAGAUCGUCUAAGUAAGCACUCUGCACGAGUUUUGUACAAGGCCCUUGGGCAUGAGUUCCAUGACAUUAUCUACAACUUCUGCAUAGUUAUUGGAGGAAAUGUGUUUGGAUGGAUCAGAAGUGAGGGAGACUUGAAUUGUGGGGAGAAGGGGAUAAUCCCACUGUGGAGACUUUCCUGAUGAGGGAAGGGGUGUUUAGCUGAGAUGCCAAAUAGGAUGGUAUAUUCAACUACGAUUGGGAUAAGUGUGUUGAUGAUUGGGUGUUAGGGAGCAGUUACUUGGAGAAAUUGGGGGAGAGGUAAUGAUUGGAGCAGAGGGGAAAACUGGGUGAAUUUAGUAGAAGGUCAGGAAGUUAAGUGGACUGAAGAGGGAGGUCAGAGCAGGGAAUUGAUCAGCUGGAGAGAAAAUCCGAGGGCACUGGAAUCAAAGGUGUAUGGGGUGUGAAGUGAUGUUGGGGUGUGAUGUUUGGGUGUGAUCAGUAACGGAGAGAAAGUCACUUACUGGGAAAUGAUGGAUUCCUUGGACAGUCCAAGUAAGGUUAGGCCUUAAACUGAAGUUUUGCAUCUGUAGCAUUGACCUUGUAUGGGCAGUACAGUUUUGCACAAGUGAUAAUCAAAAUGAGCAUGCACACUAUUUGCUGUCAUUGUUCAUACCCCACAAUCUCUAUGUAUUUGUAUCUUGCAUUCAUUGGACCUGGAUCUAGUUUCAAGAAGUGCAUUAUUAGUGCACAAAAUAAAUUCCAUCACAUGAGCAUGUAAAACCUUUAUGUUACGUGAUAUUAUUUCUAAUCAGAUAUGUUUUGAUGCAUUUGUUGAAAAAACUUGAUAUUACAAUGAUACUUCCCCAAAUCUUCACUUUACUGAGGCAAUCUGAAUGUGGUUGUGAUACAGCUGCUUUGUAUUUUUAAGGGGCCAACAAGACUGAAGAUUGUAAACAAAUAGCUUGUAUUUCUUUCCCUUUUUAGUAGUGCGAGAUGAGUUCUAUAAUAGUGGCAGUGGAUUCGACUUGGCUUCUAAAAUUUGUUUCUAUUGACUUUAAAGCUCCAAAUUUUCAGAACCUGGAGCUGCUUCCAUACUAGCCAAAAAUUCCUCUCUGACUAGCUCUGCCUACAUUAGAAUUGAAUGUUGGUGCACUGCACAGCCAAAAUGAUCUUGAUGGAUGGUGCCAACUGGUUAUAGUUAUUACCUUUAAAACCAUUAGGUUUCUACCCAUUGGAGAAGAUCCAAAAGCACAGCCUCAGAAUAAAGGGCUGUCCCUUUAAAACUGAGAUGAGGAGGAAUUUCUUCAGCCGAAGGGUGGCCAAUCUGUGGAAUUCAUUGCUGCAGAGGGCUGUGGAGGCCAAGUCAUUAGAUGUAUUUAAGGCAAAGAUUGAUGGGUUCUUAAUAAGGGAAUUGAGGGUUAUGGGGAGAAGGCAGGAGAAUGGGGUUUAAAAAAAAAAUCAGUCAGUUGAAUGGUGGAGCAGACUCGAUGGGCUGAAUGGCCUAAUUCUGCUCCUGU